GGGGAGAACAAAAUGAAGUUUUGGGAAGAAGCCGGUGAGUGAAUGACGAUACAACAUUCGUCAAUACCAAAAACAGUCACAAACACAGCGCCAGCAAAAAAGUUUUAUUUAAAUACCCGAAAGUCUCUCACUUUUGUCAUUUGGUGUUUCUAAUCAGCUUGAGCUCGCUGUCCGCCUCUGGUUUCAACUUUCAAGCAGUUUUGUGAUAAAGAUGGUGGAGGAGAAGGCCUGGAUUGCGAAAGAUGUUACUGAAUUGAUUGGAAACACGCCAUUGGUGUAUCUCAACCAUGUCGUAGAUGGCUGUGUCGCAAGGGUCGCUGCUAAGCUGGAGAUGAUGGAGCCUUGCUCUAGCGUCAAGGAUAGGAUUGGAUAUAGUAUGAUCACAGAUGCUGAGGAGAAGGGUCUCAUUAAGGCUGGUGAGAGUGUCCUGGUUGAGCCUACAAGUGGGAAUACUGGCAUUGGGUUGGCUUUUAUGGCAGCUGCAAAGGGUUACAAACUAAUAAUCACCAUGCCUGCUUCCAUGAGUCUUGAAAGACGAACCAUUCUUCGAGGUUUUGGAGCUGAGCUUGUUCUCACGGAUCCUGCCAAAGGCAUGAAAGGGGCUGUUCAGAAGGCACAGGAGAUAGUGGAUAAGACACCCAAUGCUUAUAUGCUUCAGCAAUUUGAGAACCCUGCAAACCCUAAGGUACAUUAUGAAACUACUGGACCAGAGAUCUGGAGAGGCUCUGCUGGCAAAGUCGAUGCUUUUGUUUCUGGGAUAGGGACCGGAGGUACAAUUACAGGUGCUGGGAAGUACCUCAAAGAGCAGAAUCCUGAUAUUAAGCUCUACGGUGUAGAACCAGUUGAAAGUGCUGUUUUGUCCGGAGGGAGACCUGGCCCUCACAAGAUUCAAGGGAUUGGUGCUGGCUUCAUCCCUGGAGUUUUGGAUGUCAGCUUAAUUGAUGAAGUUAUCCAAAUAUCAAGUGAAGAAUCUAUUGAAACAGCUAAGCGUCUUGCAUUGAAGGAAGGUUUGUUGGUGGGGAUAUCAUCUGGUGCCGCAGCUGCAGCUGCAAUUGAGAUUGCAAGGAGGCCAGCAAAUGCUGGAAAGCUCAUUGUUGCGGUCUUCCCCAGCUUUGGAGAGCGUUACCUGUCCUCUGUGUUGUUCGAAUCUGUAAAGCGGGAGGCAGAGAACAUGGUUUUUGAGCCCUGAGAUGCUGGUAGUUUCAGAAGGGAUUACAAAAGUCCAUAGUGUGAUGCUCCAGGCCAAAAACACAAGUAUCCAAGUCGCAUAAGUAUCCAUAGUGUGAUGCUUUUAGUUCGAGUGGCUUUGUAUCGACCUAGUCUCAAAUAAGUAAUAUGAAUAAUGUCCGUGAAUUUCAAAGGAUGUAUGAUACAAUAGAUCAGGUAUUUACAUUAUAGCAAAUUACAUUAUUGCCAGAAUCCAACUUCGUAUCUAGUGUGAAGCAAAGUACUUAUUUGUAGCAUAAACUCCUCACUCCUAAUAGCACCACCCUUUUUGAAUAAGAUAUUAAUAUCCAUUAUCUAGAU